AUGGCUUCCUCUUCUCUAACCCCCCUGAUUCUCACCACCGCUCUCCUUUUCCUCGUCUUCGCCAACCCAGCAGCCGCCUUUGGAGCUGGUAACAUUGCGUCUCUGUCUAAGAUUGAGGGAUCGAACUUUCGUCAUGGAGAUAUUGAGGAUGUGCUGUUAACGCUGUACAUGGCUCGCUCUGCCGGUGGUCGAAAAUUCGGGAAGAUGGACGUGAUGCACGUAUACUUUGGAAAUUGGCUUCGAGAUUACAGUCAAGCCGUCGAUGUUGGUAGCGUGAAAUACGUCAGCGCUGAGGCUGUCCGUAUCAUUAUCUGGGUUUUGGGAUUUCUGACUUUCGGGUAUGGUGUCGACGAAUUCGAGGUCACUACCGACCGUCUUGGAUGCUACCAGCCUACGGAACACAUUGAUAACCCGUUGGGAUAUGCUGAAGGAGAUGACGCGAGACGAUAUGACCGCCGUCUUAGAGGCCCUAUUGAUAAGCGUCGAGAACUGUCCAUUGAUGAGCGCACAGGACUCAAAAACUACAUUGGUUCUGAAGGACUUGGGAUCGACACGUCCGCUGAUUUGGUUAGGAAAGUUCUUGGAGGCUGUAUCAAAAUGGGUAGAAAGCAUGCUCGUUCAAACAACAAGGCGGACCUUUAUGAGGCUCUUCGCUUGCUGGGUACGGGUUUACAUUGUUUGGAGGACUAUGCUGCCCACUCAAACUAUACGGAGCUAAGUCUUAUCGAGAUGGGCGAGCGGGAUAUAUUUCCUCACGUUGGCCGCAACGUCAUGGUACGGCUUCCUGGAGCCCGUAACCCUGUCUACCCAAUUGUUACUGGAACCUUUGGUGGCGUGGACUUCCUUCACUCCGUUAUGGGAGAGUUUUCCGACAAGGCCACCCAAUCUGAAAUCCAAACUCUUGAGGGCGCAAUCGAAGAGACCCAGAACCAGGGUGGUGCCAAAAGCUUUCUCCAGGAACUACUAGCCAAAGUCCCAGCAGGUAUCAUCGGCGGAAAUGAAUCGGGGAAGAUGGAUGAAUUCCAGAAUAACGCGCAGGCUCAACAGCAACAACAGAAUGUUUCACCACAUGAGCCUGAGGAGUGGACACGCUAUCUUCAAGACGUCACCCGCCAGGUAUACCCGGUCUUGGAGUGGCACGAUAACCUCUUGAAAUCCAUCAACAAGGCUAUUGAGAACAUCCCUAUUCUCCCAGAGCUGCUUGAACAGAUUCAAGAGCAAAUUAAUGUUUUCGUAUUCAGCGUCAUCGCGCCAUUUGUUCUGCCAGUCAUCAACCAGGUAAAGGCAGAAUUGGAAACCGGCUCCUCAGAAAUCAUUCAAAGCAGCAAGAAGGAGCAGUUGAACAUCUUCAACGAUGAUGAUGCCUCUGAUCCCACUCAUUCUAUGCUGUCAAAGGACCAUUUCUCAAACUUGUUGAAUGAACCUGCUGGAAAGAUUGCACAACAGGUGGUUAAAUGGGUGGUUCCUCCAAUAAUGGAAUGUUGGGACGACGAGAACAUUGACGUAAACCGUACGCUGACCAGAAUCGUCACUGGUGUUUUCCACCAUCCCGUACACCGAGACCUCGGUGAUGAUGGCGCAGCUGAUGUUCGCAGAAUGAUGUUCGGCGCUGUUGAAGAAUGGUGGCGUGAAAAGGGUGACGAUGGACUUCGAAGACAGCUAAGCCGAGAGGGAGUCAGAAACGGCGAGAACCACAAGCCCGGAGUUCAUGACUGUGGCCAUGGUAGCGGAAAACCAUUAAAGCUCACUAAGAAGUCAAAUGUGGGAUCUGGCUACGGUGGUGGAGGCCGUCAGGCUGACGACAUCAGUAAAAUGGCAGGGGAAGCUGUGGGUGGCGGCGCACUGGGUGGGUUGGUGGGUGGCCUCGCCGGUGGACUCGCUGGUGCUCUUGGAACAGCACUGGACGAGGAGGUGAAGAACAGUCUGGACAUCAUCAGUCAGAGUACCAGUCUGGUGGACGACAGCACUCCGGAGGAUACCAACAGCAGGGAGGAUAUCAGCAACAGGGAGGAUAUCAACAACAGGGAGGAUACCAGCAGCAGGGAGGAUAUCAACAACAGGGGGGAUAUCAGCAAUCAGGAUACCAGCAGUCAGGAUAUGAAGGCCGUCAAACAGGCUACGGUCAGUCUAGCGGAUACGACCAACCUGCUGAGACCCGAUAUGGAGGCCAAAACAGGCGGGAAGAGUUUGGAGAGCAAAGAAGCCAUGGAUCCAGGCAAAAUCGACCAAGCGAGUUUGGAGGAGAGUCCAGUGAGUAUUAUGGCCAAUCACAAGGCUACCCUGGCUCUUUUGAUCGCAAUGAGGAGCGAGACACCAGGUCAUCUCGAAGAGAGCCUGGAUAUUCCUCUGGCGGUUAUGGGGAACAGGACACUAGAUCAUCUCGAAGAGAACAGGAGUAUUCCUCUAGCGGUUAUGGGGAGCAAGAAUCUAGAUACUCUCGAGGAGGUUACCAAGGAGGAAAUGAGGAGUACGAUCGAGGCGGGUCAAGGAACUACGAAAGCUCCCACCAUGCAGCAGACCAACGCCGCCGAAGCAAGGUAG